AUGUGGUGCUCCGUCAGGCACUGCCUCCUAACCUUGGUGGCCCUCGAGCUCCUGUGGCUCUUCAUCACCUUGAAGGUCUCCAGCGAAAUCGACGAUGAUCCCGUGACGCCCAUCAAAGGCCAAGUAGCAGCCGUUGCUCUCCGAUGGCUGACGGUGGGCCUCUCCUCGGUGCCAGGCCCGGAGGGUCGGAGUGGCCUCCUGCACACGCUGGUGUCCCUGUUCCGAGCCUCCUCCAAGGCAGAGCAGAGACGUCUCACGGUGCUGGUUCACCUGGCCGACUCCGACCCUGCCUGGCUCAGAAAGACCGCCGCCCAGGUUUCAACCCUCUUCAGCCCGCAGAUCUUGGCAGGGCAGCUGGUGCUGAUCCACACCCUGCCGGAUGCCUACCCCGCGGGGGACCUUGAGGACGAGGACUACCCGGGGGACGCCUGCUCCAAGCAGAAUGUGGAUCACGCCUUCCUCACGAGCUUCGCUGCAGGACUCUCUGACUACUUCCUGUUGCUGGAGGACGAUGCCUUUUGCACCCCCAACUUCGUCACCCACAUCCGAGGGAGGGUGGGCAACAUGAGCAGGGCCCCGUGGGUGCUGCUGGAGUUCUCGAACCUGGGCUUGCUGGGCAAGCUCCUGCAUGGCAGGGACCUCCCGCUGCUGGCCCACUUCCUCCUCCUCUUCCACAAGGAGAAGCCCCUGGACCAGCUGCUCCCGCACUUCCGCACCCUCCUGGCCCAGAGACACGCCGUCCUCAGCAGGCCCUUCCUCUUCUACCGCCGGGGCUCCUACUUCAGUGCCCGUGAUAGCCACGCAGCUGGAGCCCCGCGGAACAGGGUGCCCCGAGGCCCCCACAACCCGCCGGGAGCAGUGUUCACGGACAUGAGGGUUUUGGGGGUUCAUUUCCCUUGGCAGGCCUACACUCUGGACGAGUCCUUCUUCUGGACCCACAACGUCAGCGCAGAGAGCCACCUGACCGUCAUCCUGAACCACCCGGCCAGCCUGCGGCGGGUGCAGGUGCUGACAGGCACCGUGGUGGACGGAAAGCACGCCCUGCAGAGGGGGCGGGUGGAGCUGGGCUACGAGCCGGAGGGGACGCCGCAGUACUGCACCAGCUUCGCCGUGCUGGGCCCCCUCCUGGAGGGGCAGCUGGAUCAGGAGAUAGUCCCGCGGAGCGCGGGGCGGGACGUGAGCUGCGUGAGGCUGGUGGCGAGCGCCCACCAGGCUGGCGGGCUCCUGGUCAGGCAUAUUUACCUCUGGGAGGAGCGGGCCGAGGGUAGGACAGCGGCUCCCAGUUGGAGACAGGUUGGCGAGCGUCUGAAAAAUUAA